AUGGCGGCCCCCGGAGGAGCUGGCGCCCCGCGCGGCGACCUCUGCGCGGCGUGUUGCGCCGGGCCCCUGGAUGACGCCGUCGAGCGGUCUUUGGUGCUCGUGUGCGGCCACAGGCUCUGCGUCGUCUGCGCCGCCUCGCUGCUGGAGGCGGGCGCCGGGACAGGCAGCAUCGCCAGGUGCCCCCACGACGGCUCGGUGACACCGGUGCGCGCCGAGGCGGCCCAGCAGCAGAGGAAGGCGCCGCGGCCGACGCCCGUGCCCGCGGCCGGGAACAGCUCCAGCAGCAGCAACGGACUGUUCGACGUGGUUAGGCUGGCCGUUGCAACCCAGCGCGGCGCGCAGGACGACUCCAGACGCGGCCCCGCUCCGCCGCAGCAUUGGGGCGCCGCGGAGGUGUGGCCGGCGCCCUCGCCGUUGCGCUGCGGCCAGUGCCAGGAGGUCGUCGCGGAGGUGGCCUGCGAGAGUUGCCAUGAGGAGUUCUGCCACUGGUGCUCGGCGGUGGUGCACCGGGCGGGCCGCAUGCGCAGCCACCAGCUCGUGCCGCUCACGGGCGCCCUCCCCGGGAGCAGCGGCGACCGCGCCCUGCAGCUGGCCGGCGGCUUGCCCCCCAGCGGCGUCGCGGGGGCCGCUCGGCCGCCGGUGACCUGCCAGGCGCACCCCGGAGUAGCCGCCAGAUUCUUCUGCCUGGACUGCGAGCGCGAUUGCAUCUGCGCGGAGUGCGCUUUGAACCCCGCGGGCGAGCACCGCGGGCACCGCGUGGAGAGCGCCAGGGACGCCCUGGUGAAGCUCGACCCCCAGAUCAGGGAGCUGCUCCAGGCUGGGCGGGCCGACUCGCAGGACGCCGCGAGGGCCGAGGGCGUGCAG